AAGCAUGUGAAGAAUAAAAGUAGAUUUUUUUUGAGGGGUUGAUGCCUUCAAGUCAUACACACUGUACAGACACACGCAUUCAGAGACACACACACACAUCUUAAAGUUGAGAGAUUCCAGGAAGUGAACUCAGAAAAAUACACUAGCUAGUGACAACUGACGGUAGCUGUUCAGAUGUGUAUGGUGUGUGAAGGCAGUCAGAUCUCUCCUCUCUGUAUCUAGAUCCCUCUGCACCAGCAUGAUCAACACUUACCAGACCAGCAUGCCUCCACCACCUAUUCCCCCACGGCUAGGCUCUGUCAUGUCGGCACCAGGACCAGGCCACAGCAAACCUCUCCUCAGGUUCCUCAUUGGCAUGAUAGUGCUUCAAAUGGUUCUGCUACUGGGGGGAUUCGCCUACCUGUACCACACGGACAACAAGUAUCACGAGGACCUUGAACGCAAGUACCUGGAUGAUAUGAUCGUCCUGAAGAGACUUGAAGAGUGUGAGAAAGACAUCCAGUCGGUGCUGGACUGUAAGAAGCUUGUGGAGAAAUACAAAAGCAUCCUGGCAAAGGUCUCACAAGAGGAAGGAAGAGCUGCUAAACUCACUGGGGAUGGGCCCUCGAAUGGAGCCAUGGCACGCAUGGUAGUCAAGCAACCUGUUUCUGCAAAGUAUCUGGAGUGGAACAUAGGCCACUCAGUGCGGAGGAACGUCCAGUACUACAUGUCCAGCUGGCUGAAGGUGCUGCAGCCUGGAGACUACAACAUCUACUCCCAGGUGGCCUUCUCCAAAUGGCACCCCAAAACCCCUCUGGCCAGCCGGGUGAAGCUGAGGAAGGGGGAGACGGGAGAGGAGAAAGACCUGAUGACAGCCUACUGCAGCCUGGGGGACCAGGAUCAUACAGACGUGUGUACAGCUUUCCAGGGAGGAGUGUUCAGUCUGGAGCCAGACGAUCAGCUUAGUGUGUGGGUGACGGACCCCAGCCUAGUCAACUAUGAGGAGGGGACUACCACUUUUGGAUUGUACAAACUGUAGGCUGGUCAUCACAAUGGACAUUGCCUACAGUAUGGAGAUGAUGGACUGCGUUACUUUGGAUUAUGCAUGUUUUUGGAGCAAUGAAUGGAAUCAAGGCCAUGUGAGUGGUUGGAGUGGGACAGGACUGAAUACAAUCUGCUAAAUGGAUCUAAACACGGACUAGACCAGUGGUUCCCAAACUUUUUAUAGUCCCAUACCGCUUCGAACAUUCAAACUCCAGCUGCAUACCCCCUCUAGCACCAGGGUCAGCGCACUCUCAAACAUUGUUUUUUGCCAUCAUUCUAAGCCUGCCACACACACACUAUACGACACAUUUAUUAAACAUAAGAAUGAGUGAGUUUUUGUCACAACCCAGCUCGUGGGAAGUAACAAAAAGCUCUUAUAGGACCAGAGCAUAAAUAAUAAUAAUCAAUAAUUUUGCUCUUUAUUUAACCAUCUUACAUAUAAAACCGUAUUUGUUCAUCAGAAAUUGUGAAUAACUCACCACAGGUUAAUGAGAAGGGUGUGCUUGAAAGGAUGCACAUAACUCUACAAUGUUGGGUUGUAUUGGAGAGAGUCUCAGUCUUAAAUCAUAUUCCACACACAGUAUGUGCCUGUAUUCAGUUUUCAUGCUAGUGAGGGCCGAGAAUCCACUCUCACAUAGGUACGUGGUUGCAAAGGGCAUCAGUGUCUUAACAGCACGACUUGCCAAGGCAGGGUACUCUGAGCGCAACCCAAUCCAGAAAUCUGGCAGUGGCUUCUGAUUAAAUUACAUUUUCACAGAACCGCUUGUUGCAAUUUCGAUGAGGCUCUCUUGUUCACAUAUCGGUCAGUGGACUGGACUCAGGGCAUGAAAGGGAUAACGAAUCCAGUUGUUUGUGUCAUCCAUUUUGGGAAAGUACCUGUGUAAUUGCGCACUCACUCAGCUAUAAUCACAUUUGACAUUGUCUGUAAGCUUGAGUUUAUUUGCACACAAAAAAAUCAUACAAUGAUGGAAAGACCUGUGUGUUGUCCUUGUUAAUGCAGACCGAGAAGAGGUCCAACUUCUUAAUCAUAGCCUCAAUUUUGCCCCACACAUUGAAUAUA